UGUCGAUCACGCUCCUUUUUAACAGCACAACUUUGCAUGUCAUUUUUCACACGGGUUCCUUUGCAGGUGGAAGAAGUCUUCAAUUCCUGCACACUGUCUGCUGGCUCUGAUUGAAUAAUGUCGCUGUUUAUAGCAUUGAGCCGUUUCAUCCAGGGGUAUAUCACAUAUCACAUCAGGAAUUGAAACAUCGCCUUCCUAAUCGCUUCCCUUAUCUCCCGUGGAUAUACCCCUCAGUUUUAUAUCUUCGGAUUUGGCAGAUUCACAGGAACUGGAAUUCGUCACUCAUCAGCAUGUAAAGUGACACUCACGGACAAAAUGGCGGGAACCGCAACAUCAGGAGUCUCUAAAAUCAAGUUAUGUAGAUAAACAGAUAUUUCCAUUUCAAUAUCUAUGGUACACAGACAGCCGAUGACUCGGGGAAGAUAACUCAUGCAAGGAAUUUGUGCAUGCCGGGGUUUGUCAUCGUCCGUAAUUACCUGCAAUAGAACCUACACAUUUCCCUUCUCACGAAACGCAUAUCAUAUUUUAUUUUAAUGAUCUACAAAAUACAUAUAUAUAUAUUCAAAACUUCUCCUAGACAGCAAUCGUAGUAAACAACGUGAACACUAUGGUUCUGUACGGAGGAUUUUACAGUGUACUUUGUGUAUGGACCUGUUUUGUUGUCGUUGAGUCUAUUGAACCUCAUCUUAAGGUCAAAGGCAACGUGGAAUCUCUGCUUGAGUUGACCCCAUGGGACUGGAAACACCUAAACACGUCCCUCAAAGUGGAUUCCCCCGUUACUGUGGAUGUGUCCCUAACCUCUCACUACAGACUGACCGGGAAACACCUCAACAAGUUUCUCAGGCUACAAAAGCAAAGAGACUGUGCAUCCAUUCUAAAAACAAUACCCAACACAAAAGGAAGAGACGGUGUGUACACGAUAUACCCGGAUAUGAAGACCAAGAAGUUGGUGUACUGUGACAUGACCACGGACGGUGGAGGGUGGACUGUAAUUCAAAGACGAAUGGAUGGUUCUGUGAAUUUUUAUCGAUCUUGGCAGACCUACAAGGACGGAUUUGGAAAACCACAAGGAGAAUAUUGGCUAGGAAAUGAAGAUAUUCACUUGCUCACAUCAAAAACUAAGCAAGAGUUACGAGUUGACCUACAAAAGUUUUCGGGUGAAAAGGCAUACGCCAAAUAUUCCAGGUUUACUGUGGGAAGUGAGUCUGAAAAAUACAAGUUAUCUGUCGGGGGAUACAGCGGAACGGCGGGUGAUAGUCUCGCAUAUCAUAACGGUAUGAAGUUUUCUACAAGAGACCAAGACAAUGACACAUGGGGUAAACAAUGUAGCGUGGAACGUCAAGGAGCAUGGUGGUAUAAUGCAUGCGUCUAUUCUAAUCUUAAUGGACCUUAUCUAAAAUCGGCUAAAAUCACUACACUUAGUAUAAAUUGGAAAACAUUCGGAAAAGAAUACCGUGCUUUAAAGCAAGCAUCAAUGAUGAUCAGAUCCAAAAUUUAAAGUUGUGAAUGCUAUUUAUUAAAUUAAAAGCUGCAUCCUUGAA